AUGGGUCUUUUCGCCGACCUAUUGGCCAUUUUCGCCAAAAACUCGCUCAAACUCUCACUCGUUACCCCAUUGGCUACGCUUUCCAUUUACGUCUUCUACAACAUCUUCCUCCACCCACUACGCAAAAUCCCGGGACCUUGGAAAGCAACAAUCUCUCCAUUAUGGCUAUGGUACCACUCGUACGCAGGCGAUGAAACGACCUCGGUCGAAGCCUUGCACAAGGUUUAUGGUCCAGUCGUUCGAAUCAGUCCUAAUGAUGUUGACAUAAGCGACGGAGCGGCUCUUGCACCGAUCUACUCCGACAAGGGAGGAUUCUUAAAAACAGCAUGCUAUAGCAAUUUCGACUUUAGCGGUCAUCCGACGAUAUUUUCGGCUCUAGAUCCCGCGCACAGGGCCGUCAGAUCAAAAGCCGUUGUCAGCAUGUUCAGCCCAGCGUCUAUUCGAAAGGAAGGUGACCAGAUACUGAGAUCCUGUGUUGACAGGUUGAUGGCGCAUAUCGGACACGAAGCAACUGCAGGCAAACCCGUCAACAUGCUCAAUAUCGGCAGAUGUCUAGCUCUUGAUGCAGUGACGGAGUAUCUCCUAGGCAAAACAUAUGGCGGUAUUGCCGAGCUGGAGGCAAGCAGGAGCGCUAGCGACUCAAGCAAGCUCUCUGCCAGCGAAUUUGUGGAUACCUUUGUCGCAGUUGGGAGAUUCUUCUUGCUUCCCAAUUGGAUCUUUCAUGCCUUCGAGUGGGCUCUCCCGAAGGUGUUUCCGGAUGAGAAGGUUGACGAGUCGAUGGAACUCGUGACAAAGUUCUGCGAUCAGGUCGUCGCCGAGGCCGAUCUAGAGAAAGAUCAAACGUACCAAGCUCGGCUACUGCGAGCUGGCAUCAGCAAAGAAGAAGCUGCUGUUCAGUGUAUGGAUUUGAUGUUUGCCGGUACCGACAGUACUGGUAUGAAUUUUGGUGCCAUCUGCUGGCAUUUGGCAAAGUCGCCCUCGACAUAUCAAAAGCUCAAAGACGAGCUUGCAUCGCCAGAGGCAGCGCAAGCUGACCCGCAAACUCUUCCCUAUCUGCGUGGCGUGGUGCGCGAGGGUCUUCGGAUGUCCAUGGCAAACCCGACUCGGCUUCCACGCGUUGUGCCGCCCAGCGGAUUCUCAUUCACGACCGAGCUGCCUUCUGGAGAAGCUGCGACUUUUGAGUUCCCAGGCGGAACUUGGAUCGGAUGUGCACCGUUCAGCCUGCAUUUCAACGACGCUAUCUUCCCAAAUCCGCAUGAAUUCCAGCCAGAACGAUGGCUUGAACCUAGCGAGGAAAUGCUGCGCGAUGCCAUUCCAUUUGGACUUGGGCCGCGGCAGUGUAUUGCUCGAAACCUUGCUUCAAGUGAGCUCUUCUGGGCAGUCAGAGCUCUAGGUAUAUCUGGGGUGCUGGGUGGGGCUAGAACAACAGGGCUGAUGAAGGAUGGGAUCAUUGUUGACGAGUGGUUCAACUCAAAAGUUCCUGGACAUGCUAUUGAGCUGAUAUGGGAAUCAUCUUAG